GAGCGUUCCUCAGCAAAAUGGGGCCACAGAUGCGGAAGGUGGCAUGGGAUGAGGCGAAGGGGAGGCAUUGCCUUCUUGACAGGAUGAAGACGAGUGCUUAAGAAGAUCGGCCGGGAAAGCCCAGCCUCCUCCCCACCCCCCGCCUGGCUAUCAAAAAUCCACGCUCCUGAAGCUGAAAGUGGAGACGGAAGAUAACGCAUGAUUGACACAUCUUGGAGAAAGUGGUGCCGCUCCAGUUACAGGCCCGGCUGAUACGUUUCUCCCUCUCAUUCACUGAAGUUGCCUGUUGUCCUUCAAGGUUUGAGUCUAAGGAAGUCGCUCGACAAAGGACUCUUUUGUUUUGGAUUGCUCUGAAGAAAUCCGACUCGCUUCUCCUGGCCCUGGGGAGCUGGCGAUGAUCAGAACGAGAAGUGCCGGGAUCCACUGAUCUCCGCUCACUGCCUGCCUGCGUUCGGGCUUUCCUGUGGGGCGGAGAAGUCACUUCUCCAUCUGGCCUCCUUGCAAUGCCUCCCUUGUUCAUCGCUGUCCUUCUCCUGCGGGUCCUUGUGGCGUAUGCUUCCAAAGCUUGCCCCCAGCUGUGUUUCUGCUAUGAAUCCUCCAGUUUUGUGGACUGCCACAGCCGGCAGCUGGCCCAUAUCCCCCUCGGCAUACCUCACAACACAUGGAUGCUGGACUUGAGGAACAACAACCUGACCGGGCUGGAAGGGAGCGGCUUCGACGCCUUGUGGUCGAUGAAGAUCCUGCUUUUGUCCCACAAUUCCAUUGGCAAGAUCCGGCCCAGAGCUUUCAGGUCCCUCAGCUUCCUGGAGAAGAUGGACCUCAGCCACAACCUCCUCGUCCGUCUGCCGCACUACUUCUCGGUCGACCUGACCUCCCUGAAAGAUCUCAAGCUGGCUCACAACUAUUUGGCCGCCUUGGGGUUUGAGAGCCUGCAAUAUCUGGAGAGUUUAGAGAAGCUGGACUUGAGCCACAACUGGGUGACUGCCAUCGAGAGGGGGACGUUCCGAGGCCUGUCCAGGCUCAGACACCUUUACCUCCAGUCGAACAGGCUGGCGAUUGUCCACAACGGCUUCUUUUUCAUGCUGCAGAACCUGGAGGUCCUUUUGCUGGACAACAACAACAUCAGCUCCAUCGAGGUGGAGGCCUUCACCUCGCUGCACAACCUGAACCUUUUGGCCUUGACCGGGAACCAGCUCAUUCACCUGAAAUUCAAGACCUUCCUGAACAUCCAAACCAUCAGCACCCACAUCCAGCUUUCGGGCAACAGGUGGGCCUGCGACUGCGACCUCCAGCGGGUUUUCGGGAAGAUCAUGAGCGUGCGGCACCUGCAUGUGGACGAUUAUGAAAACAUUACCUGUGCCAGCCCCUGGCAGUUAGCCGGCUCGUCGCUGAUGUCUGUGGAUAGCCAGCUGUGUGUAGCGGAGACGGCCACGGUCUUGGUGAUCACCGUGACGGUCUUGGUGACGGUCAUUGCGGCCAUUGUCAUGGCGGAGAGGAACAGGAAGAAGAACCAGGAGAAGAACUGGAAUGAGUCCGAAGGUCCCUUCGACUCGCAGGAAAAAUGAGAUCAGAGAACAGGGGCGGCAGGAACUGAAACCAGCUUCCUCGUGUUUUCCAAGCUCUGCCUCAUUCUGAACAAGAACUCUUGGGUUCCCUGUUUACUUCUUAAGCCGUCCUGUUCCCCAAGACAUACGGACUGUUAGUUGUUCCUAUUUGCUUUUCUCCCCUUCCUUGAGAGUAAAGACAUUAUUGCGGUAGUUUGUCCAGCCCUCGCCCAAGCCCUCCAAAAAGGUGUUGGGAAAAGGCCGAACUUGCUUUGAGUUGCAUAACUGUUGCCCAAUCCUCUCAGUGUGGUGUAGUGGUUAACAGCAGGUGCACUCUAAUCUGGAGAACCAGGUUUGAUUCCCUGCUCUGCCACU